CAUAGGCCAGUUCGUUUUCUGCAGGUGUUGAAGUGAAGCCGUCAGCUCGGCGUGUCUCCAGAUCCGCUUUCAUUCGUUUCUCUCAUUUUCAGGUAUGCAUCACCGCCUCCACGCCCUCUCCUUUUGCGUCAGAUCUGCGAAAGACAAGAAAAACGGUGUCGCCUGAUGGCCACGACUGCGCCCAGUGAACUUCAACUUCUCGCUCGCUGACUCUUUUGGCCACCUGUUAUCAGUUGCAUUAUACCCUCGAGCUUGAUUCUUGUUUCUAAACCGUCGUGGCAGCUCUUUAAUUCUUGCAUCGCUUGCCUUUCGCUUUCUCUCGUCGCACACGGCUGUCUGUCGCUUCAAUCUAUUCACCCCCGACCUCAACCGCCUAAUACAAUAUCGGGACUAGAUAUAUUUUAUUUUAUUAUCGACGCUGUCCUACGAAAAGACCUCAAAUAUGGCGACGUCAAUGCACCUCUCGAAGCUCCGGAAUUGGUUCCUUGCAUCACCCCCCAUCGAAUUUGCGAUCUCCAAGCUCCGAGACCUGCUGGUUGGAGCAAUCAGGCAAGGGCCAGUUCCACAACAUAUCGCUUUUAUAAUGGAUGGGAAUCGGAGAUUUGCCCGAACACAUGGGAUCGAAACAGUGGAGGGGCAUAAUUUGGGUUUUGAGGCGCUGGCACGGAUUCUUGAGGUAUGCUACCGGAGCGGAGUAAAAGUCGUAACCAUCUACGCCUUCAGCAUCGAAAACUUUAAGCGGUCAAAAUUCGAGGUGGACGCCCUAAUGGAAAUGGCCAGAGUCAAAUUAUCGCAGAUGGCCCAACACGGUGAAAUUCUAGAUCGCUAUGGAGCGAAAGUCCGGAUACUAGGUCGAUUGGAAUUGCUUCGCCCUGACGUGCUUGCUGCAGUCGAUCGUGCAGUUGAUAUGACAAAGAACAACGGGGACUGUGUUCUUAAUAUUUGCUUUCCCUACACAUCGCGUGACGAGAUUACCAGCGCCAUUCGGGAUACAGUAGCCGAGUACAGCCAGCCACUACGAUCCGCUCAUUCGUCGCCGCCUCUCACGCGGACCCCAUUUUCUGAAGAUCACAUCGCACAAAAUAUUCGAUCUCGAACCGUUAACGGGAAACUGGAUGAUUCUAGUACAGAGGGUGAUUCUGUGUCAGAAUCAUCCACACUCGGGGACGAUGAUGCUCAAAAGCCAGACGAACAGAACAAGCUUUACCAGUCCGAAUCUGCUCUUUCAUCCGCUGCCACCCUCCACCUUCCUGACCGACCCACGAAAGGCCGGACGACAGCGUCCUCUGGGUCUGAACCCCCGGUCUUUAAAUCACCAGAGACUAUCACACGCCAAACCCUGGCCGAACACCUCCUUACCCACGACAACCCUCCACUUGACCUACUAGUUCGCACAUCCGGGGUGGAGCGUCUCAGUGACUUCAUGCUCUGGCAAUGCCACGAGAAUACAGAAAUCGCUUUCCUAGACAUCCUGUGGCCUGAGUUCGACCUAUGGCAGUUCUUACCUGUUUUAUUAAGGUGGCAGCGGAGAGUCUCCAAGGCGAGGAAAAACCCAGAUGCCGAGGGAAAUUAUGACGGUGAGCUCCAGGAGUCGUCAGACGACAGCAGAGAAGAGCUCGUGGUCAGUUCAAGUCCCAAAGCGAAGAGUUUAUAGUUUAUUCUUUGAUACACUUAUAUAUCUAUAGUCUAGCAAUUGGGUAUAGCAUUAUUAGAAUACUGGGAGUUUACGGCCUUUCCAUGCACUCAUGCUCGGGGUUAGCACCACUGACAGGAAGAUAUCGCAUUUUUUCUGGUGUUGUACAUAAUAAAACUGACAUGAACAUAUAGUCUACAACGAAUCCUCGUUGCUCCGCAUAUCAUGACAAAGUAAUAAUUAGACUAAGGUGGAAAUACAGCUAUAGAGUACCAGGCGCUGUACGUGCUUUUCUAUUAGAAAUGUCGG